AUGUCUACGUUGUUCAAGAUACGACACUUUCUCUUUAGCAUUGCCAGCAGCAGUAGCGCACAAACCUAUAUCACCUUUUUCCAGGCAUUCAAACAUCACGAAAAUGCACCCAACAUGGUCGAGUUGGAAUUGUUGGACGGUUCACAAUUUGACAAUGGUCAAGUCAUUGAUAGUCUGUGCUCGUUUAUCUCGACGAAUCAUAUUCUCAGGUGUAUCUAUUUGGAUCAGGUUCCCAUUCGAUUUGCCAAUAAGAUUUUCAGAGCCGUUGCGACGAGUCGGUCGUUAGUAACACUCGAUAUUGACUUUGCACCCAUCAGAAAACCACGGCGAUCCAAUACCAUCAAACUGCUCAACAACAUGUUGUCAGUGUUGUCGUUGAGUCAGUCGGUCGAGAAUAUCACCGUGUGGUCUGAUAACCUCGUCAACAUCUCCACCAUCUCGGAUAACCUCAAUCUUUGUGCUUUCCAGUUGGGGUAUCACUCACCCCAAUCCUUUUCAAUCGUUCGGUACCUCGACUCUAUAAACCCUGCCAGUCACGAUCCAAAGGAUAUUUUAGACCGAAUCAACAAGAUGAGAGCAUUGGCUCCAGAAGAUGAAGAUUGUCUAUUUUCAUCAAUGGAUUUAAACAAAGAAGAUAUAGAUCAAGUUGAAGAUGAAGAUGAAAAUUCAGUUGACUCUUAUCAAAGUAUUUAUGAUGAUUCAAGUCAAGAUGAAUUGGAACAAAAUGGAAAUGAAAAUGGAGAAGAAGAUAGUGAUAGUAAUAAUGAUAAUGAUUUAUCAUUUUAA